AAUAUUACCAAUGAAAUCUCUGCCGGUAGUCAUUAUGCAUUGAAAUCUAUACCACCAAAUAAGGCAUUUAUUGAAAUUUCAUUCGAAUACAAUGGUAAUGUGUAUCGAGGCAAAUUGGAACUACAUUUACAAAUGGAUGAGUAUAGUGUGAUUGAAUUUGAUUCGCGUAAAGAAUAUGAAUCUUGUAAUUUGCCUUUAGGAUUACGUCGUACUACAAAUUUAGGACAAUUAUGUUUAACAUUGUAUGCACCAUAUUGGAUGAUCAAUAAAACUGGCAAAGAUUUAACUUAUAAAUCUGUUGAUGAUAUUGAAACCAGUCAUCCAGCUGCAUAUACUGGUGCAUUACUUUAUUCAUCUUUAUCGAAAUCAUUUUUUGGUAAACGUAAAAUACCACGGAAUGAAAGUUUUCAUUCAUUCGGUUCUGAUGAAGUAGUCGAUGAAAGUGAACACUUACUCUCUUCACCAAAUCAAUUAUUACAAUCAUAUAUGUCAAUAUCCAAUGAUCAUAAUAAUAACUACGACGAUCUAAUGAAUCAUGGUGCUGCAGAUGAAACAAUCACAAUGGAACAUCCAAUGCCAACCACGUCGUUAUCUAAUUCUAACCGAAUGUCAGGCUAUUCAAAAAUCAAUUCACCAUCAUCACAAUCAUCAUCUCGUCCCGGUGGUGAGUCUACCAAAAAAUGGUGGCAUCGUGUAAGCGAUUCUUGUCAUUCUGGUUGUUGCUGUCGAAGUACAUCGAGAAAAUGUAGAACUCGUACACUGAGAACAACUGGUUAUGAUCGCCUAUUGAAAUUAGAACAUAAAAUGCAGGUUUCUGCCAGUAGUAUUUUAAUGACUCUCGAUUAUUAUUAUCAUUAUUGUUAU